GGAGAAAGAACAUGCUCUCCAGGCAGUCCCACAGCCGAAGACUAAACGUCAGAAGCAGUUCGAGACUCGUAUAGUCAAUAGACCCUACAGCGAAGUUGCCAAAAACCCGCUGGUUAGGGCCAUUGUUGACAAGAGUGUCAACGACGGAGCUAUCUCCCAGGAUAAAUGGUUGAUAAUCCGUCAAAAAAUGCUGGAGGUGUAUUGGAAAAUUCUCAAAGAGAAUCCCGGUCCAUCUCCGCAGAAUGAUGAUGCUGGCUGGUACCAAGGUCACAUCAAACUGCUGGCGUGCACGAACGAGCGCUCAGCAAACUUGCUUAAGUUGGCGGUUACGUCUAUAGGGGAAGUGUGGCCCGGCGCGAAACUUGACGUGAUCCCGGUUAGUGAGAUACCUCGCAGACCGAGAUCAAUCACGGUUAUUCCGGCGGAACCACACGAACCAGAGGCGAUUCUGGCGUACCUUCAGAGUGGAAACCCUGACCUACCUACCCACAAUUGGAAGGUAGUCAAGGUCUCCGAACCUGAAGGUGCUAACAGAAAGGCGGUCGUGGUCCUUAAUAAGGAAUCGUUGCCGUUACUCCGAGAGAAGCAAGGCAAAGUAUACUACGGAUUUGAUAGUAUCAAGCUGCGCGUCUACCGGGGUGACGACAAACUAGACCCCAAACCGGUAAGCACGGACGGAGGAAAGGUAGACGAUACCACUAACUCUGACGACCAAAUGGACGCCCAAUCAAGUACAGACUUGAUUGGGAAUCUAUUUGAUAGCCAGGGCGAAGUGAUUGACGAAGACGAGCUUCUGAAAACAGACCCAGAAGACGCCGACGUCACAAUCGUCUACGACCCUGACCAAGAUGAAGGUGAUCCAAGUGAACCUUCACCACUCUAAAGCAGCUUCAGCUGCAUUACACCUCCACCUUGGAUAUCAAGGGGAGGAUAUAGCGUUGAUCCAAGAGCCGUGGACCCAUAACGGCAACAUACUUGGAAUCAACGUAAAAGGCUAUAGAAUACUAUACGCAAAAGGCACAGUGAUGAAGAUACAGUAACCGCAGCAUGGGAGACAGAGGAAUC